AUGACAAAGCCAACAAUAAUGAAAACGACUUCAACGAUUUUCAGAGUAAAAAUGACAAUGAUUUCGAGGAUGGAAUUGCUAGCUUACAGACAGAUGGUGCUAACUAUUAUACACGUGAAAAUAUAAUUCCAGUGGCUCGUGCAGGUGUUUAUAAAACUUUUAUUCAUGCAUUGGCGAAAACAAUUGAUUGGGUAUUGAACAUUUUCUUAAGUCAAAAAACUGUUUUACCAAUGAAACCUCAGUAUCGUUCGAAAUCGGUUUCAGUCAAUCCAUUCUAUGUAAAUAAACGCCAAGGCCCGUAUUACAUUCCAAAUGACAGAAUUCCCUCCAUGAGCAAAAGGCGUCGCCGCAAAAAUAGAAAACAGCGUAAAAACAGGAGUAAGAAGUUGUACUUAUACGGCAAAGAUGACCGCGCUUUGGUGUUCCUGCCAUUAAUGAGAAGAUAUCCCUUCUCUAACGUGGUUCGGCUAUCAUCAGGGUGUACAGGCACCCUUCUCACACCGUAUCAUGUGCUAACCGCGGCACAUUGUGUUCAUAAUGGGGAAGAUUUUAAGCAUAAUCUACAAAUGUUGAAAAUCGAGAUUCCCGAUACAAUGGGUUUCAGGGUUUAUUACAUUCAAAAGAUUAGCAUACCCAAGUCUUGGCGGAGAUCAGGGCAUUUAUCCGAAGCGGCGCGCGCAUCCUAUGAUUACGCCAUUGUUCGAUUAAACAUAGGAGUUCCGGGAAAGACGACAUUUUUACCUCUUUCUGUUCCAAAAUCAAACAUUCUUAAUCAGGACAUGAUAUUUUUAGGUUUCCCGACAGAUGGCGACACUGGUUUAUAUAAAUCUAAAUGUCAUUCGUUUUACAGCAUGGCAUAUAUGGACGGAAAUCUUAUUUUGACCCAUUGUGAUUCUGCUGUCGGAAAUUCUGGAGCGGCGGUGUUCGUUGAUGAUCCCCGAGAUGGGAAAAGGAUUGUUGGGGUUUUGUCGAACACAAUGAAAGUUUCUGAUAUGAAAUAUAUAUCACGCUAUAGUAUAAUAACAGCCUUAACGUGGAAUAAACUCUUUGAAAUAUGUUCUAUGAUGGCGCCACUAGGACAGGAAUAUGGCGUCUGCCCAUCUUUUGAAACGAUAUCGAGGUCGAAUAAAGCGCCACGUAGAAAUAGUGUUAUCCCUUUCUUUGGUUGAAUAAUGGAAUGCGUUCUCUUAUUUUCCUUUAGUAAUGACGAAUGAGUGAGUCUGAUGCGUUUAUAUCUAAAAUAUAAAAUUGGCGAAUGCCACAAAGUUAACAAUAAUGACCCCUGCUCGAGGACAGCAUUCAAUGCACGUUAUAACUGUUUAUAGAACGGCAGAGUGUUCAGAAUAAUUUAAAUAUAUUAUUUAGAUUUUUAGCCUGUAUAAUGUAGGUUAUUAUUUAAAACUUUUAAUGUCGAUUAGCUUCGAUCCUUUAAAGUGCAGCGGUAAUCGACAACAAUGAUAGAUGUAAAACAUCUGCUCGAAUUUCUCAAACAUUACUAGGAAAAAUGUUUUUGAUGAUUUGUCGGGGUGUAGUGGCGGUGGCAAAGUGUGCUGCGGGCAAAUAGCAGUCACAGGAAGUCCUGUCUGAUAUUCUUUGUCAAUAUGUAUCCUAUAUUGCAAUAUGGCUGCUGCAAUUGUAAAUUAUGAAUUCCUUAUUUAAAGAAAAACGUGUUUAACCUUUGUCAUUGUUUGUGACGUUUGCUAUUCACUUUCUGUCCAUAAAAUAUACCUUUCUCUAAUAUGUUUUUUUUUCUUUCUUUCACUAUUUUCGGGAUGCAGGUUGAUUGUUUUCGAAUGUCUUUUUGUUACGAACAGUGGAGUUCAGGCGCCCUA